AUGGAGCAGCGUCUGUUGGGGCCCCUCACGGUGGCAGUCUACAGACUGCAAAAGUUGAAUUUAGACUAUGCAAUGGGUUUGGUGUACUUGUUUCGAAGGGCGGCGCACUGUACCGCCCUGAGGGCCCCCCCCCAAGGAGGCCCCUCGCCUCUCGGUUCUUUUCCUCUUCUGCACUGUCUGUACACCGGAAGUAAAACAACGAUCCGCUGGUUGGAUGGCCCGGCAGUUUGCGCGUUUCACUCUCAAGUUGCGACGCCCUCGGCAUCUGCAGCAGAGUCAACAGGGGCCCCAGGGGGUGCUGCAGAACAGCUGCAGCAGCAGCAACAGCAGCCGCAGCAGGCAGAAAGCUUGGAGGGGGAGGGUCUACGCAGCGUACAGGAGCCUAGAAAAGAUGAAGUUGCGUUGAGGUUUCCGCUGUUGACUGAGCGGCGGUGGGAUGACGUGUACUGCAGCGAUCUGUGCUUGCAGCUGGAUCGCCUCAUCUUCUCUUGCGCAACAGCAGAAGAAGUAUUAAGAAUUGUUUCAAGUCACAGAGGAGCUUUCUUUGUUAAGAACCUUGUCUCUGCUCUCAAGCACCUGGCUGCGCUGUCUAUACAGUCCAGAAGCAGCACCAGCGCCGGCAGCUCGUCAAAGGAGCAGGAGGAGCGCAACAAGGCAGCAGCAGCAACAGCAGCAGCAGCAGCAGCGGCUGCUGCUGCUCCUCCUCUCUCGCAGCUUUCCUUAAAGCUUCCUGCGCCCCCCACCUGGCCCCAAGAACGUCUAUCUGUAUUUCAUUUCUUCUCUGCGUUGUCUGGCGAAGAAGCUGCAGUGGAGCGGAGCUUCUCACGAAGAAUAGAAGCUGAGUCAAUCGUUAGAGACCCGAGGCAGGACCUCCGCCUGCAUCGGAAUGUAUUGACAUUUGCUGCUGCAGCAGACGUUGUGCUGUCGCUGCGCAUCCUUAACCACCCCCACUACCCCCUUCUCUCUGCGUUGCUUCCUGCUCUAAGAACAGUACCGCUUCCGCAUCUGCCUCCUUAUCUCCAGCAGCAGCAGCAGCAGCAGCAGCAGGAGCAGCAGCAGCAAGAGCAGGAGGAGGCGGAGGCGGAGUUGCAACAGCAGCAGGAGCUGCAGGAGCAUCCGUAUGAUGAUCAGCAGCAGCAGCAGCGGAGGCGGAGUUGCAACAGCAGCAGGAGCUGCAGGAGCAUCCGAGAGCAGCAAAGCCCCAAGAUAGAAGACAACAAAGAACUUCUUCUUGCUGCUGCUGCUCGCUACCUAGAAGACUAUAUCGACUGUAUUUCUCCCGCUGCCUCUCUCGAUGCUCUCCUCGCCUUCAGCUCAGAUGUUCACGCUCCAGGAUUUUUGCUUCGUAAGAUUCGCCAAGACACGGCGUGGGAGAAGCAGCAACAGCAGCUGUUUUGGGUUUUGCUGCUGCAGCAGCUGCUGUAUCCUCCUCUAGACUAUCGGCUUCCUAUGCGGUGUAUACACGAAAGUUUGCGUGCUUGGUGUGUAUCUCGCGGUGGUUUAUCGGUAGAGUUUAGAGAAGAAGUAUUGGGGGUUUCGUCUGUGCUGAGGGCGCUGGGGGUCCUCCAUAGAACGGCCGUUUCUAUCAACGAAAGUCCCCUCCCUGUAGAUAUUGUUAUACCAGCCCCAGAUGGAUCUCUUUCAGCAUUGAUAGUGACGCAGGAGUGUGCGAGAAACACGAUGGCUCUGUGCGGCGGCAGUAUGCUGCUGUCUGUACACCUGAAAUCCAUGGGGGUUAAGAGGGUCCUGGCAAUCAGCCGCAACAAAUGGAGGAGAGCAGAUGCAGAAGAACAGAAAAAUAUAAUUUUAAACAGACUAGAAACCCUCGAACAACUCAGAAUAUACGAACUGCAGCAGGAGCAGCAGCAGCAGCAGCAGCAGCAGCAGGAGCAGCGAGAGCAGCAACAGCAGGAGCAGCAGCAGCAGCAGCUGCAGCAAUAG